UAAAAAAAAUGUCUUGUUCAGAAGCUGAAGUUGAUAUUAAUGUUGUUUCUAGUCCUGAACCAAGUCCUUUAGGUUGUGAUAAUGGAAUUAAUUCCCCGGAUAGUCCUAUAUCAAUGCAGGUAUCAGCAUUAGCUCGUUCAUCUGAAGUGAUUCCUUCAAAUGCAAUGAUAGUUACAACAAAUUCAUUGAGUAGAACUCAUCCGGUAACUGCUGUUGCAACUGCUGCUCUAUUACAACAAUCAGCAGCUGCACAUCAUUUACAUCAUAUUAAUUUAACUCAUUCAGCAGCAGCAAUGUUACAUCAUCAGCAUCAACAACAACAGCAACAUCAUCAACAUCAAAAUCAACAACAAAAUAAUUUAGUUAAUAAUUUAAAUAAUAAUAAUAAUAGUAAUAAUAAUUUUAAUCAUAAUAGUCCUGAAUCAAGAUUAAGUCCUCAAAAAACGCCUCCUCCAAAAAUAAUUUUACCUAAUAGUAGUAAUAAUAAUAAUAAUAAUAAUAGUAUUAUAACAAAUAAUAAUAAUAGUAAUAACAAUAUUAGUAAUAAUAAUUUAAAUGAAAAUUCAUUAACUAGUCCUACUGAUAUUAACAAUAGAAACAUUAAUAAUAAUAAUAACAAUAGUAAUAAUAGUAAUUUAAAUAAUAAUUUUAAUAAUUGUAACAAUAAUCAAAAUAGUAAUGCAACUAAUGGUACUAAUAAUAAUAGUAAUAGCAAUAAUAAUAACAAUAAUAUAAGUACUAGUAAAACAUCGACAGCAAAUGGUUAUACUAGUUUUUCAAUAUCAAGUAUUUUAAGUCGUACGGAACCAUCAAAAAUCAAAAAUGCUACCUCUUUAAUUACACCUAUGUCACAAAUAUCUGGCAGUGUAGGAGCACCUGGAUCGCACGAUGCUGCUAUGUUAUCAAGAUUGGGUUUCAUAUCACAAUGGGGUGCGUUGGCUGGACGUUAUGCUGCCUUAUGCCCUCCUGGAUGGCCAUGGGCGUCACAAAGAAUGUCAUUUCAUAGCCCUACGCAUGACAGUUCUUCAACAAAUACUAAUGAAAAUCCUUCACCAUCAUUAAGUCCACCACCAUCAUCAAAUCAUAAUAAUAAAUCACCAUCACCAACAAGUCAUCAUCAUCAUUUACAUCAUAAUAGUUCAACAUAUGUACAAAGUUCAAAUGAAUCAGAUGACGAUAGUCAAGAAAUUAUUGAAGAAGAUGAUGAUAAUAAUGAAGAAGGUGGUGGUCCAUCAGAAAGUUCAUCAUCUCAUGGUGAUGGUAGUCAAACAAAACGAAAAAAGAAAACUCGUACUGUAUUUUCUAGAGCACAAGUAUUUCAAUUAGAAUCUACAUUUGAUUUAAAACGUUAUCUUAGUUCAUCGGAACGUGCUGGUUUAGCAGCAUCAUUACGUUUAACAGAAACUCAAGUAAAAAUAUGGUUUCAAAAUCGUCGUAAUAAAUGGAAACGUCAGUUAGCUGCUGAAUUAGAAGCAGCAAAUAUGGCAAAUAUGGCACAUGCUGCUCAACGUUUAGUACGAGUACCAGUUUUAUAUCAUGAAGGUGCAGCAACUGGUUUUGUACCACCUCCACCACCACCACAUCAUCCACAUACAUCUGCUUUAUAUUAUCAAAGAGGAAGUCCUCCAAGGCCAUUGUCAUCGUUAGUAUAGGAUAGACUUAAUAAUUCAAAUGACAGUAUUAAUAAUGGCGAAUUAGGUAGACAAAUAUUUACAAAAUGUCAAAAUGUGUAUAAUGCUAUUAACGAUGAAAAAAAUCAUUAUCAAAUGAAAACAACAAACAUUGGAAAUUGUGAUGGUGAUCAAGAAAAUAUUGCUGAAGAAAUACCAAAUAAUAAUAAUAAUAAUAAUAAUGAGACUAGCAAUGAAAAUAAAAUAUUGUAGUAUUAGUAUAGCCAAAUAAUAGUGUAUUUUUAAGCUUUAUCCAAAAAUAUUUUACCAAUUAAAUUAAAUUAGACUCAUGUGCACUGAAUUAAAUUUCAGGAAAAACAAAAACAAUAGACUGUGAAGAAUACACAACUCUUAUAAUUUUUAAACUCUUAAAAAUUUCUUGAAUUUUCGAUUCUAAUAAUUUUUGUAUCAAUUCUACUAAUUGGAUCAUAUCUGAAUGAAAUUUAUUUUGGGUCAUUGUUUGUAAAUUAGACGAGAACAAUUUUUAUUGACAUCAUAUUUCAAUUUGAUUUGAACAAGAAGUCAAUGAGGAACUAAAUCACCAUCUUAAAAAUACUUUAAAUAAUAUAAGAAAUUACAAAGUAUCGUGAUUUGUUGUAAAGUGAAUGAGCGACUUUACUGGUUUCAUAAAUAAUUUUUGAUUUGAAAGAAAAUUUGAGGUUUUGCAAAAUUCCAGCUCGAAAGAAAGGUGAAAAAGUGUGAUCUUCCCAUUGUAAAAAGAAAUUAAUUAAAAAUUUAUGAAUUAAUGAAUCUUUCAUGAAAUUAAUAACCUGAUCUGUAGAAAAAAAAAGGUGAAAUGUAGGUCUAAGUUUAUUUAAUUUUGGAAUAAACCUUAAGUUUGAUCUACCUCUUGAAUUCUAUUUAUAAGAUGACAUAAAUUCAACUACAUCCUCGGUUCUAACUCGGUUAUUAACUUGGCAACAAUAUUAAUUGUAUUGAUAUUGCUAAUCACUAAUGUUUUCCUUUGUAUUGUGUAUAUAGUGUGUAUCACAUAACUGUAUCAAUGCUACUUAAUAAAUUAACAAUAAAAUAUAUAAUAUCAAAUUUUACCCUAUUGUAUAUAGGUAAUUUUUAAUAAACUGUAAAUAUAUUAAGUUAAUUUGAAAAUCAAAAUAAAUUUAAUAAAAAAAAAAUAAUGUUAUAAAAAUAUUUUAUAUAAAUUAAAGCGAGUAUAAUUUUUUAAAUUUAAAAAUUUCAUCAUUUUAAAUAAAAUUUCAGAAUUACAAAUAAUUAAUAAAAAAAAUAGUUUGUCCGUGUAGGAGAAGUGCAAUAUAACUUAUUUUAGCGAAAUUUCUGUCAGUCUGUCUAUUUAUUAAUGUGGCGAUUUAUUGAUUUCUUGGUCCUUGAGUUCUUAUAUCAACAAUUCAACUUAACCAAUUUUGAUGUAAAUUUAUAUUUGAGUAUGAGAAGAAUUUUUUUUAGAAACUUAUUUAAAAUUUUGGAUACUUUGGCUCUGUCCAAUUAUAGCGCUAAUUAAGAAAAUUUUUUCCAAAAUU